UGAAAGGGCGGGGCCAGUGUGAAACUGCAGCAGCUGUGGCAGUUAUUAGUCAACGUUAGAAAAUCGGUAUAGUGCACUGCGGGAGCCAGACUCGAUCCGACGGUUGAAAGGAAGACUUGCAAUGAACAGGAUACGAAUCCAUGUUUUGCCAUCAAGUCGGAACCGGGUGACCCAGACACCCCGACCUCAGGAGCCUCAGGCCUGCUCCUUCACCCAGCGACCCUGCUCUCAGCCCCGUCUGGAAGGCCUGGAGUUCUGUAUCAAACACAUUCUUGAGGACAAGAAUGCCCCAUACAAGCAGUGCAGUUAUGUCUCUGCCAAGAAUGGCAAGCGCUGCCCCAACGCUGCACCAAAAGUCGAGAGGAAAGAUGGAGUGACAUUCUGUGCAGAGCAUGCUCGCAGGAAUGCCAUGGCUCUCCGAGCUCAGAUGAGAAAGGCGUCUUCCGGUCCAUCCCCAGAGGCACUGUUGUCUCAGCUUAGUGGAUACAACCGUGCAGAGACACACAGCCUUGACGGAGGUCGUUCUGAAGCAAGUCGUAUUCUAGAUGAGGACAGUCUGAGUGAGGAGGAGCAGGGACCAUUGGUACUUGACCAAACAUGGAGAGGAGACCCUGACAGUGAAGCCGACAGUGUUGACAGUGAUCAUGAGGAUCCUCUGAAACAUGCAGGAGUGUACACAGCAGAGGAGGUGGCUCUCAUCACUCGAGAAAAACUCAUCAGGCUCCAGUCCCUCUACAUUGACCAGUUCAAACGCCUGCAGCACCUGCUGAAGGAGAAAAAGCGCAGAUACCUGCACAACCGCAAAGUGGAGCACGAAACUCUUGGGAGCAGUCUGCUGACAGGCCCUGAAGGUCUGUCAAUGAAGGAAAGAGAGAACCUGAAGAAGCUCAAAGCUCUGCGCCGAUACCGUCGUCGGUAUGGCGUGGAAGCCCUGCUGCACCGGCAGCUGAGGGAAAGGAGGCAGGCUGUGACAGAAGGAGCUCCUCAGCCACACUCAAGAACAGUCUAUGAGAAAUGCAUCUCCUUUGUGGAGGGAACCCGAUGUACCAAUCCUUGCCUGCCUAUGACCCGGCACUGUCUCUCACACAUCUACCAGGACAGCAAUCAGGUGCUUUUCAAAAUGUGUCCAGGCCUGAAAGAUGUUCCCUGUGACCGUACCGUGCACAUGGGUCAGUCUGACGAUCCUCGCUGCCCACUUCACCUCAACCUGCCUCCCCCCAUGUACCAGCCUGAGCAGGAACCUCCACCACAGGAUCAGCUCACCCUUGCAAGCAAAGACAUGUAUCUGAGUGCAGCAGAGCUUCAGCCCACAGAGAGCCUUCCCUUAGAGUUCAGUGAUGACCUGGAUGUGGAAGGGGAUGGUAUGCAGGGCCCUCCGUCCCCUCUUCAGUUUGACACAGCCCUGGCCCUCGAGGACCAGACCAUCAGAGCCAUUGCUGAGGCCCCAAUGGACAUCCUUACUGGAGAAGACCCAGACCAGGUCGACCUGGAUGCCUCAGAAAGAGAUGUGGAUGCCAUCAUGGAUGACCAGGUGGUGUCAGAGGUUGUAGGAGGUGAAGAAGACGCCAUUGAUAAUUCACUCCAAGACAUCGACGCUGCCACAGUUGAUGCUCCCAGAUGAACAAACUCGACCUCUUCAGCAUUAUCAAACGAACAAGUUUCACUUUAUAAGACUUCAUAAUACAGCCCGUCAUAACGGUCAUCUCAUUGGGGAAAUCGGGUACAUACAACAUACUGGUUCCUACUGGUGCUUUAAAUGUCGGUACAGUGGAUGGAAACAAGAGCAUGUGAACAUGGGAGUCACAGUUAGACAUUUCAGAGUUCAGGCUACCUGCAGGCUACAGCACUGAGAAACAACCAAAGUUGGGGAAAAUGGUGUUAACAAACUUGUGUAAUAAAAGAGUUAUAAGGGGACAACAGCCACACAUUAUAUUAAAGCCAAAAUACCUUAUUACUGUAUAAUGUAAAAUACAGUUUGUAGUUUCAUUCAUUAACAAACAUUAGUGCAGUCUCACUUCUCUAGGGCAUUAUAUGAUUUGAAAUAAAAACAAGUUAAGAAUUGGGUCUAUACAUAAACUAAAAUUUGCUGCUAGCAGGCAUGGUCGUCCAGCACUGCAGCAGCAACAUACAACUAAAUGUAGAGCUAUAGAAGGUUUCUAUUGUCAUCUGCGGAGGGAAGUCAUGCAGUAAUAUUACAAAGAUGUAGGUGGAUCAAACAUGGCUAAUAUUUAAUGUUUGAUAAGGAAUCUAGUCGUCAUUUUGAAUGAACAGAAUAAGGUAUGUGGGAUGAUUAUAGUAUGUAGCUCUUAAUACCCUUUUUAUAUUUUAAUACCCAGUAAGAAAAACUAGUCCCAAUAUUAUUCAUUUUCCCUUUUCCCCUUGUUUGCUGUCACUCUACCUACAUUUAAAGGACAGGUUCACAGUUUUCAAGUCGUUCAUAAACAUCACAUGCCUAUAUGUAUAUUGAAAGCAUCACUGGUUGUAAUUGUCACAAAGAGAUCCCAUUUCAGUGUAACAGUUGGGACAAAAUCCUCAGUCCUCAAAAACUCACUGUAAAGCUAAUACGAGACUUACCAGUCGAUAUCCUUAAGUAAUGUGAAGCUAUCCUUUUAAUACCGGUGGGAAACAGUAAAUAUCAUAUUGGUACCUACAGCAGAUUGACAGUGUAAGUUGUUGGCUGUGUUACGAAGCGUUGCCCAUGUUUCAUUUCCACAAAGACUGAUACAGAGUUGACCUUUUCAUAGAGGUCAUCGUCAGAAGAAUGACGUUUUCAGGUCACUUCCAAUAGACAAUUAGACCACAUGUUCAUUGAUUGUACUACUUUGUCAUGUGGGUGUAUUUAUUGUGUUUUCAUGUUUCUGUCUGGGUUGAAUUUUUGCAUCUGUUAAAACAAACAAAAAAAAAAAAAAAGGACACUCACAUCUCAUCCACAAAUAAACUAUUUUCUGAUA